AUGAUCAUGGUGAUGGGUUUUACAAAUUUAUACCAUCAGGCAUCAGCAGUGUACUGGCCUUUAUUUGCCAUAGCCGCAUUGGAAGCAAUAGUUGCAAGUCUGUCUUUAAUUUCUGCCACUUUCUCUGUGAUCAAACAAUCAGUGGUCAGAACAGAAAUCAAUUGGGCCAAGCUGGAGUUGUUGUUUGAACUUCAGAGAACGCCAACUGAUGAAGAAAGAGUAGGAAUUUCCCCCAAAAGAUAUCACAAAGUGAAGAGAGUAUCAAAGCCCAUCAUUUCCCUCGAUUCACAGCACCUGUUAACCCAAGAAGAGUUGAUAAAUGGAAUUACUGAUGUUGAUGGUGUAGAAGGAGAUAAAGGAGGCAACCUGCUCUUCUCAGGCUUGCACUAG